AUGCCGACUACUUUGGACGUGGAGGGGAUCUGGAAAGAGUGGGACCGUGAUGAGGAGCUACGGGAAAUUAUGCACAAUGGGGGCACCAUUUUGGAUCCUCCAGCUUGCCAGGACAUCAGUACUUGCAUCAAACAUCAGUUCCUUCUGGGCCCUUUACUGUCCAAAAUGGCAGUUCACGAAAAGCGCCCUUUGCCUCCGAUUGACCCUUUGAAAGAAGAACUUGAUAACCUCUUCAAGAAAAACAAGCAAGGGGUUGAAAGCAAUUUCUUGGAUAUCUCAAAAAAGGCAUGGGCUUUGAAGAGACUUCUUGGGUUUGUCAAGACCAAAGCUCGGCGACGAGAGCAGCAUUCACAGGCCGAAGUGGACGAAGUCAACAGAAAGGACCAAAGGGCCGACGAUGAGGAUGCCUGGGAUGACUCUAGUUCUUCAUCCGAUUCAUCUUCGGAUGGGCAAGAGCGCAAUGGGGAUGCAGCUGAACCGGCUACAGGGGACACAGAAGAGAGACCACCUGUAGAACCCAGAGUAGAUUCUGGCAAUGGUAGUGGUGACCCUGUGAUGCCUUCUAGCAGUGAUCCACCUGCGGACCUUGUGAUGGAGACCCCUACGGUGCUGGUGAUGAUUCUCUUUCAAGACAGCGUGCCGAGAAAAUGGAUUGAGGUGAAGAAAAAGGCGAGUGGAAAGAACGGAGGAUUCACUGAGUCUGAAAAUGAGGAGUAUGAAGAUUCCGGUCCGUUUUGGACAAAGGAGAUGGAAAAGGAAUGGGCCAAGUGGAAAAACGAUGGGGGGUAUGAAUAUGAGGAAGGUUGGGAUGAUCAGGAUUGGGCAAAUGACUUGAAUGAGCCAAAGAAAGCUUGGGAUCGCUAUGCAAUUAUGAAUUCCAAUGCAUCGAUGCAUCAGCUGAAAAGCGAGGAGGCAGCCAUGGAGCAUGAACCAGGGAGCCCUCAGGUGAAAAGCAAACAGCGCAAGAGCAAAAAGCAGGCCACCAAGUCCACAGUUGAGGCAGCAGGGAAAACUGAGGAGUCAAAGGGCACUGAGGAGGUAGCAGCGUCUAAGAAAAGGAAGAAGCUAGAGGAGAAAGAACCCAGCGUACAGCCCACAGACGAAAAGACACAUGUGAAUACCAUAGCAAAGUAUCUCAGGGAGAUCGUGGCGGGUGGAUGGAAGGUCAAAAAACAUGAAGACUUGACAAAGAACAUAAAACUGCAGUUCAAGGAACCCUUCUCACCAACGGAGGAAUGCCGAUUGAAUGUUUACUGGAAGCUUGGAAAUGUGGGUGUUCAUCUGAAGGGUGAGGGGAAGGACUUAGCGACCUUUUCGGUGCACGCUGAUGCUGGACCAUUCCUUCUGCGGCUGCAUGCGUGCUUGAAAGCAGGAUGGAUUUUGGUGAACUACAUCGAGGACAAGUCGAAGAAACCGCGAGAGAAAGAUUCCCUUUUGAGUGAUGACUGUGACAUCCUGACGUUGAAGGAAUGCCUUAAAGUUGCUGCUGUAAAGGCUGUGAAGCGGGCGUCCAAGUAA